UGUGAGGACGCGAGCAGUGCGGAUCGGACGGAGGAGGAAUGGGGCGCUUGUCACGUACAGAACAGCAGGCGAGAAUUGGAUAGGAAGCCCUCCCACCUCCUCCCAUAGAGGCUCAUCCAGGGAGAACAAGCUGCGGAUUUGGGGCUCUCAGGACCUGCCAACUGCACUCUUCCUUCUCAGGCAGGUCAGACUGGAGACUGUAGUCGUUAACAUGGAAGACUCUUUACAAGUAAUGGAAACGGGACCUGUGAGUGCAUUAAAGAGCUCAGAAGUGUCAAGCAGGGAGUUUUCUAGGCACUCCGAUAAAAUCCCUUUGGUGAAACCUUGUUUCAAAAAGAAACCAGCCCAAAAAAUAUUAGACGCAGAAGCCCUACAUGCUUUGCAACCAAUCUUCACUAGUUUUUUAGGAUCUGGGACUCUUAAUGGGUUAUUUGUGUCCAAUGAUCAAGCUGGGACUGCUAGUAACCUAUGUGUACCCCUUGUGAAAAAAGCACUAGGCCCUCAAAGUACUGCACUGAUAUCUGGGAGCUCAAGUCUUAGGCCAGUAACAGAGCACCCUGCUUCUGUACAUGCAUCACAAGACCUGGAGGAAGACCAGGCCCCUGCAAUAGAGAGCACAGAACCUUCAUUUCCUCCAGAAAGCAAUAGUGGAACUGUUCCUAACACUGCCAAUGACUCCUUCCAGGAUCCUCUUUUACAAACAAAUUCUGGUGAUCCCACCACCCCAAUCUGCUUGGACAAGAUGUUGGAAAGUUACACAUCUGGGUUAUUCCAGGACACCAGCUUUUUGGACCAAUACAACGUGAGCCAAAAUAAUCAUUCAAACGCUGGGAUAUUUGAGGACAAAACAGAGGAGGCGUCUCUACUUCUUGUGUUUGAACUUUUGAAUCAGCUUCAAUACCAUGUCCAUCAGAAAGAUAGUAUUGACAUUUGUGUGGAAUUCUUACAAGGGUUAUGUUUUUAUGGUAAAGAUUGCCAAAGACAUCAUACGGUGUUGCCAUAUCAUUGGCAGGUUAGGAAACGUACCACUGGCCUUUGGCAAAGCAUUAAUGACGAUUCCCAGGAGCAUCUGGAAAGACUGUACUGUAGCCCGGAUAGCGACAGAAUCAAACUGCGGUAUCAGGGACAUGAUUUCUUAGUGAAUUUGGACUGUAUGACUAUUUAUGAAUCUCCUGAAUUUGACCAAAUACGACGAUUGUCUACCCCUUCUACCUCUGGACUUGGCUCCAAUUACCACACAGUGUGGAAAUACUUCUGCAGAGAUCACUUUGGAUGGAGGGAGUACUCGGAGCCUGUGGUGAAACUGAUAGAGGAAGCCAAUUUCCGUGGGCUGAAGGAGGUCCGCUUUGUCACUUGGCAUAACCAGUAUAUACUGAACAUCAAAGAUGGCUUCCAACAGAAUGCCUGCUUCAGGAAAGAAAUUAAAAGACGGCCCUUCUUCCGAUCCUCUGUGAUGUUACUGCCACAUCUACAGACACUGAGUGGAGUAACGCCAGCGAAUUCCCCGGUGGAUGAAGCGGCAUCUCUGCAGGUUUUAUCACCUGUCGCCAUAACAACCCCAAACUUUUAUCCUGAAACCUGGAUCCCAAUGGACUCAUCUCAAGAGUUUAUCCAAGUGCCUAUGCCAAAGGAAGACAAGAGUUACCGAACAGUUUACACCCUCUUCCACAAAACGGUGCCCGAGACCAAGUUCCGCAUUUUAAAGAUAAUGCGAGUUCAGAACCUCUUCCUAUGGGAGAAAUACAAAAGGAAGAAAGAAUUCAUGACCAGGAAGAUGACAGGGCUGGACAAGAUUAUGAACGAGCGACAUCUGUUUCAUGGAACUUCCCAGGACGUUGUUGAUGGGAUCUGCAAACAUAACUUUGACCCUCGAGUCUGUGGGAAACACGCUACCAUGUUUGGACAGGGCAGUUACUUUGCCAGGAAGGCAAGUUAUUCCCACAAUUUUUCCAAGCGGUCACCAAAAGGUGUUCACUACAUGUUCCUAGCAAAAGUAUUAACGGGAAGAUAUGUGGUGGGGAAUCACACCAUGCGGCGGCCUCCACCACUAAACCCUGGGGACAUAACCAGUGAUCUGUAUGACUCUUGUGUGGACAAUUUCUUUGAGCCUCAGAUCUUUGUUAUAUUUAAUGAUGACCAGAGCUACCCAUAUUUUAUUAUCCAGUAUGAAGAAGUUAGUAACACUGUCUCCAUUUGAUCUAAAAUGCUGCUGAUUUGAGCUCUAGGAGUCCUUUAUUUGGAAACAAGAAAGCCAGAAACUUCCAAGCUAUUUGAUAAAGACCAACGGUGCACUUGUUCAUAAUUUAUGUGCAUAUUGUACAUAGUUUUUCUUUGUUAAGUUUGUGUGCCUUUUUUGUUAAUAAAACCUUUUAUUUAUGUGAGUAAA